CCUCGCGCGGCGCCGCCCUCCUCCUCCUCACCAUCUCCCUCUGGUGUGGUUUGUGGUAUCCCUGAAGGGACAGAGGGUGUCCUCUGGGGUCCAGGCCGUGACAGGCGGCCGAGAGCGCGGGUGCCCGUGGGGCGUGCGCGCGUGGGAGGCGGCUCACUCUUCCCGCAGGGGCCCAGUGCCUCCACAGGAUCCCCGGCUAGCCGGGACGCGCACCGGCCGCGGACUGGGCCUGAGCGCGCGCGAGGCGGCGGCCGCGGCGGGAACCCAGGACCCCAGGCCGCGCAAGACAGCCCCGAGGCGCCUCGCCCACGCUCGCGCCCCUCCCCCCUCCGCUUCCUUCCUCCGCUGAGCGCGCCGGAGAGCGCAGGCCGGAUGCGAACCCGGGCCAGCCUAGGGUCGUUCAACUUGGCGAUUCCCGGCCCACGGCCCGCGCACUACUUGUGAGGCGUGGCCCGGCGAAGGAGGCGCUUGGGGGGCGUGGGGCUCCCCAGCUGGCGACGGCGAUUGAGGGCGCGCGGGACAAUGAGCUGGGCAGCUGCGCGCUGCGGUCGCCUUUAGCUGGCUGAGCGGCUCCACCUGAGAGCAUGGCCCGAAUGCCCGAGCCAGGUGUCCCGCGGCUCUAAGGCCGGACCGUGCGCCUAGAUCGCGGCGCGCUGCGGCCGGGGCGGCGGGGACGUCCUUUCAUUAAUUAAUUUAUUUGUAGAGAGCUCUCCGAGCAGCCGCGAUGGCCAGCACCAGAAGCAUUGAGCUGGAACAUUUUGAAGAACGGGACAAAAGGCCGCGGCCAGGGUCGCGGAGAGGGGCUCCCAGCUCCUCCGGAGGCAGCAGCAUCUCUGGCCCCAAGGGCAACGGGCUCAUCCCCAGCCCGGCGCACAGUGCUCACUGCAGCUUCUACCGCACGCGGACCUUGCAGGCCCUCAGCUCGGAGAAGAAGGCCAAGAAGGCGCGGUUCUACCGGAAUGGGGACCGCUACUUCAAAGGCCUGGUCUUUGCCAUCUCCAACGACCGUUUCCGUUCCUUCGAUGCGCUCCUCAUGGAGCUCACCCGCUCGCUGUCUGACAAUGUGAACCUGCCCCAGGGCGUCCGCACAAUCUACACCAUAGACGGCAGCCGGAAGGUCACCAGCCUGGACGAGCUGCUGGAAGGUGAAAGUUACGUGUGUGCCUCCAACGAACCAUUUCGUAAAGUUGAUUACACUAAAAACGUAAAUCCGAACUGGUCUGUGAACAUCAAGGGCAGUACCACCCGCACCUUUGCCGUGGCCUCUGCGAAAAGUGAGGUGAAAGAGAGCAAGGACUUCAUCAAACCCAAGUUAGUGACUGUGAUCCGAAGUGGGGUGAAGCCUAGAAAGGCCGUGCGGAUCCUCCUGAAUAAAAAGACUGCCCACUCCUUUGAGCAGGUCCUAACGGAUAUCACCGAAGCCAUUAAACUAGACUCAGGCGUGGUCAAGAGGCUGUGCACCCUGGAUGGAAAGCAGGUUACUUGUCUGCAAGACUUUUUUGGAGAUGAUGAUGUUUUUAUUGCAUGCGGACCUGAAAAAUAUCGUUAUGCCCAAGAUGACUUUGUCCUGGAUCAUAGCGAGUGCCGUGUCCUGAAGUCGUCUUAUUCUCGAGCCUCAGCUGCUAAGUAUUCUGGGUCCAGAAGCCCAGGGUUCUCCCGUCGCAGCAAGUCACCAGCUUCAGUAAAGAGGGCUGGCCACUCCAGUGCCUAUGCUACAGCCAGAUCCCCAGUGAAUGGAACUCCCAGCAGCCAGCUUUCCACUCCUAAGUCCACCAAGUCCUCCAGCUCCUCUCCAACCAGCCCCGGAAGUUUCAGAGGAUUGAAGCAGAUUUCUGCUCAGGGCAGAUCUUCUUCCAAUGUAAACGGUGGACCUGAACUUGACCGUUGCAUGAGUCCUGAAGGUGUGAAUGGAAACAGGUGCUCCGAGUCCUUCACCCUUCUGGAGAAAUACAGAAUUGGGAAGGUCAUUGGCGAUGGCAACUUUGCAGUAGUUAAAGAGUGUAUGGACAGGUCCACUGGAAAAGAGUUUGCAUUAAAGAUUAUAGACAAAGCCAAAUGCUGUGGAAAGGAGCAUCUGAUUGAGAACGAGGUGUCAAUCCUGCGCCGAGUGAAGCACCCCAACAUCAUCAUGCUGGUUGAGGAGAUGGAGACAGCAACUGAGCUCUUUCUAGUGAUGGAACUGGUCAAAGGUGGAGAUCUCUUUGAUGCGAUUACUUCUUCAACCAAGUACACUGAGAGAGAUGGAAGCGCCAUGGUGUAUAACCUAGCCAAUGCCCUCAGAUACCUACACGGCCUCAGCAUCGUACACAGAGACAUCAAACCUGAGAAUCUCCUGGUGUGCGAAUACCCAGAUGGAACCAAGUCUUUGAAACUGGGAGACUUUGGGCUGGCGACGGUGGUUGAAGGCCCGUUGUAUACAGUCUGUGGCACGCCAACUUAUGUGGCACCAGAAAUCAUUGCUGAAACAGGGUAUGGCCUGAAGGUGGAUGUUUGGGCAGCUGGUGUGAUUACGUACAUACUUCUCUGUGGAUUCCCACCAUUCCGGAGUGAGAACAAUCUCCAGGAAGAUCUCUUUGACCAGAUCUUGGCUGGAAAGCUGGAGUUUCCAGCCCCCUACUGGGACAACAUUACAGACUCUGCCAAGGAGUUAAUCAGUCAAAUGCUUCAGGUAAACGUUGAAGCUCGCUGUACUGCAGGAGAAAUUCUGAGUCACCCCUGGGUGUCAGAUGAUGCAUCCCAGGAGAAUAAUAUGCAAGCCGAGGUUACAGGUAAACUAAAACAGCACUUUAAUAACGCGCUCCCCAAACAGAACAGCACCACCACUGGGGUCUCCGUUAUCAUGAACACGGCUCUAGAUAAAGAGGGGCAGAUUUUCUGCAGCAAGCACUGUCAAGAUAGCAGCAAAACAUCCAGGGAACAGACCUCGCCAGUCCCUCCCUCAGCCCAGGAGGCCCCUCCCCCACUGGAGUCUCCAGGGCCCCCUUGUCCUCCAGCCACCUCUGGCUGUGAUCUGGCAGGGACCUGGCGCCGCCACCGAGACUGAACUCUGUGUACACAGGCCAAAGCCGCUCACCGUGCCAGGAAGGCCGCUCUUCACCAGGCCUCAUCAACUCCUCGCUGAAAGAGCCUUUCUCUCCUGGCUGCUGCUUUGACAGUUUGUUGGCAUGUUCUGUCACUGCCUGAGAACAGAACUGGGCAUCCUGGAGCCAGUGUGCAGCAUGGCCUCAUGCACUUUGGGUUCUGCCCUCUCGAGUUCCUGGCCAUGUCAAGCAAGCCAUGCCAGUUGUGGAGACAUAUUUGGAGUGACUCUUUUUAAAUCAUCUGUGUUUUUAGUUCAGUAGACACUUGGCCGCUUUCCCCAGAGAAUGUGCAACUUUUAUCUGGAAUUCCAUCAUUUUUAUAGAAAUGCAUUGGAUGAAUUAGAAUUCUCCCUAUUGAAGGACACUCCACGUGCUCCCUUCUCAGGACACAGCUAUGGUUCAUUUGUUCUGUGAGAGGCAACAUGGCCUCUUCCUCUUCUUUUAGGGGGCUUGAGGCACCUGGCUUCUGAAUAGAAGUGAGUACUUGAAAGGGUCAUCUGCCUCUGGGAUGUCUGACUUUGGGAAGUGCAUUCUUGAUGCCCCAGGAAGCAGCUCCCCUCCGGCUGGGGUGCAGGGCUCACAGACCUAGCAGACAUGCCCUCCCUCAGUUUCCCCUAACUUUCCCUAUGUGUGUUUUAGGAAAUGCUUAUGAAGUUGGCCUGCGGGGUUUUCAGUGGAAUGUGCAGCAGCUCUUGGCAGAGCAGGGUCAGCUCUGCUGUGUCAUCACCAGGUUCUCCUCUGCUCUUUGUCAAGAGCAGGCAGAAAGCCAUGGCAGGUCUGCUGAGACCCAGCGGGGACUGGGGCGCAUGGUGCUCCUUGAAUGUCCUGUGAUCAACCUUCUGGAAGGCUGCUGGCAGUUUUUCCUAUUUUCCACCACCCCACUCUUUUUAAUAAUUGUAUAUAUAACUGUAUUUGUUUUACUUGCUUGUCUUUGAAAUGGGUGGGCCCCACAGUUCACUCUCACUGUUAGAUUUUUGCCUUCUCCAGGUAUCCUGAACCUGCAAUAAACUCUUCCCUCUUCAGAAAA